UGCCAAUUAUAAUCACAGUCCUAAAUCUUAUAGAGAUAUUUUAAUCGAUUAUACUAACCAUGAUAUCAAUGAGUUGCCAAUUAUCGGCAAAGACAUCCACAACAACAACAACAAUAGUUCGGCAUUGUUUGGAAAUGUCGACCACUGUUGGCAUUACGUACUUAAGAUGCUUGUUGUAGUUGGCUGUGUACUGGGCUGUGCCUACCAGUGCAUAGCUAUAUUGAAUCUGUUUUUCUCAUUUCCCAGUAUUGUCUUUGUCUAUGUAACGACAAUGGAUCAGUUAGAGUUACCAGGAGUUACACUAUGCAAUAGUAAUCGUGUAAUGAUGUCAAAACUGAGAGAGUUUAACAAAACUUUCGAUAAAAUCUGGAGUACUUAUGAUGACACCAAUGAUGUCGAUGAUGACAACGUUACCAAAUUGGAUAAGCAACAGAUUGUCGACGACACCAUCAGAGCACUGUUGAACACAUUGACAGUAAAUGACUUUAUGAAGUUGGGUCACACCGUCGAUGAAUUUUUGGUUCCCGAAUAUUUCCGAUGCGCUACCGAUUCGUUUCAUUUGGACGAUAAAUGCAGAAAAUAUGCCGAUAUUUUGACGACUGGUCAAGAAGUUGGUAACUGUUGGACACUGUUUCACAAAUCUAAUUCAUCAGAUUAUCUAAAAGAUAUGGCCAUCCAAUCGGGUUUAUCACAGUCGCCGGUAAUCAGAGGUCACGGCGAAGCCGUUGAUCUCGAACUGGCCGAUCAGCCCUUUCAUCCGAACGAAAUAUUGCGGCUGAAGAUCAACUUCAGCGCCGGUGAAUACACUACACUCAACGACGAAGUGUUUGGCCAUUUUAUAGUCCACGACGAAAACCAAUUGCCACCGAUUCGCGAGAAAAACUUUUACAUAUAUCCCGGUUAUUACUACGAGUUUUUUAUAUUGAAACAAUCGGAUCAAUUGCUACCGAAGCCGUUCGCUACCGAUUGUAUCGACUAUUAUCUAAUGCCGGAAAACCAAUCGCAAAGUGAUGAUCACAAUGAAUAUCUGAAUCAUCCGCUGUCCAGAGAAAACUGUAUUAUCGGUUGUAUGGCACAGAAUACGAUGGAUAAGUGCAACUGUUGGCCACCGGAACUGCCAUUUCUCAAGGGUUCGGCCGUUGAAGCCAUUGAAAACAGUAUGAAAUGGUGUGAUUGGAAUACUGGUCCCCAAUUGAUCUCCAAAGAAGCCAUUGCUAAGAAAGCCAACGAUUCGUGGUUUAAGUUCUGUUUUACUGAACACGAAAAACAGUGCAACGAUAGAUGCAAAUUGGACUGUCAUUUGGACAGGUAUACGAUAAUCCAACAGAAAAGGGAUUGGCCGGCAAAAGAGCGCAUCGAGCACAGCAAACACGCCGAUAGUCUAAUGGAAAAUCAUAAAUGUUGUUCAACAGUGUCUUUGAGAUACUGGAGCGCUGAACAUACUAUCAACAAAUAUGAGUCCAAAUAUGAGAUAUCGGAAUUUAUAGCCUAUUUGGGAGGACUGUUGAGUAUGUGGUUAGGCUUUUCACUGGUCCGUACCUAUAAUGUCAUUGAGUUUGUAUCGAUCAGACUGUGCCAGAAAAGGGCGGAACAAAAGUUGCGAUCAAAACUUGAGUCCAAACAAUCCAAUUAUGAUCAUAACAUCGCAUAUCUUCACACAACUACUACUAAUGGUGUCGUCAAACCUUCAAACACACGACGAACUAAUCAUAAGUUACAUAAAUGGCAUCAAAUCAAACCAAAAGUGUCUAAUCUAUUGACACAUAGACAGAGUGAAUAG